AUGGGACAGCUGGCCUAUUUAGCGGAUGUGAGGGCGGCUCGAUGUGAGAGAUCCAUUCCAGAGAUGAUCAAUAGUGUUAUAUUAGUUGCACUAACCCCCCUUAGGGCCUCUAUUGAUGAUCUAGCUGCUAGAAUUGCUGCUUGUGAGAGCAGACAGGGGGAGACAUUCGAGGUUUCAGUUGUGAAAGCCGAAGUGGCAGAUUUGAGGAAGGACGUAGACUAUUUGAAGUUUACCAAGUUCACCUCAUUGAUGCGGGGUACUGAUGACGAGGAUGCUCCUGAGACCUCGGAGAUUCCUCCGGCUACCACAGGAGAUGCACAAAGAGGUAGCACAACCUAUGAGGAGUCGGAUGCUGAGAUCGACGAGGAGCUAUAG